UUUUGACACCACCAGUAUUUUCGCUUUCGACAACUCUUCCAGUGCUGUGGAAUAAAAUGUUUGAGCAAGUUCGGCAAAGGCGGAACUCAAGUCGAGGAAUAUAUUUCAUUCUUGUUAGUUUCCAUAACAUUUUAUUGUUCGCUGUACUUUUUGCAAUCACUUUCUUGAUUGCUGCUUUCUUGCUUAACCAAAGGUCCUUUUCCCCAUUAUCAUUAUUUUCAACAUUUGCUUUCUUUUCUUCAACAAUUUCAAUUAUAUCAGGCUUUGCCUCUUCAACCUUAGCCAAGUUUGGGGAAGUUGGGUUGGACAUGAUUUUGAUUUUGCUUUAA